UGGGUAUUCCAGCCUAUAUUCACAUUGUUCCGUGAACAAUCUUCGGUGUCGGUUGUGCUUGCUUGCAAAUACGGUGUUAAUAAACUAAUUAAUCAACGACGAAAUGGGCUUGACAAAAUGCUGUAUUUUAAUUUUGUGCUUUGCGGGCGUCUUAUCCAAUUCCAUUAAUAUUUCCAAUCCCGAUGAGAAUCAGACACAACCCUUCAUAGAGAUCGGUGGUAAAUAUUACCUAAUAAGUACUACUUCAACGAUGAAUUGGUUCGGUGCGAUGCUUUACUGUCGCAAAUAUGAUAGUGAUUUGGCUGUAAUUGAAUCGGAAGCUGAGAUGAAUACAUUGAGUUCCUAUUUAACCACGAAUGGUAACAUUGGUAAACAGUUUUGGUUGGGUCUUACCGAUUUGGCCGAGGAAGGUAAAUUUAUGUCAAUUAAAGACGGACGCCCAAUGCCUUAUGCUAAAUGGUCAUUCGGUCAACCAGAUAACACUGGUCGAAAUGAGGAUUGUGUACAUCUUUGGCCGGUUAAUAACAUUUUCCAUAUGAAUGAUGAUCAUUGUAUGGUUCUGCAUUAUGCCAUCUGUGAGCUGCGACAACCAAAGAAGAGUUGUGACGUGUGUGAUUUGAAAAAUUUUAUAGAAAAAUUCAUGCAAAAUACAAAUCUUUCAAACUGUCCAAAUUAGUUAAGUGGAAGUACCAAUUAUAUUAAUAAAAUCGUUGUUUCACAAUA